UUUAUAUUUUUUCUUAAGAAAUCCAGUCAGUAAUGUGUGUAUCUGGAUGUUAUUGAAUAUAGUUCUUUUCUGGUUAAAAAAAAUCUAAAAUAUACAAAUUAUUUUUGAAAGUUGAAAACGAAAACUAUUUGAACCCGAAAUUUUUUUAACUAAGCUCAUGGAUGGCUGAUUUUAAGGGAAAGGUGUGGAAAAAUAAGUGACUUUCCCUUAAAUAGAUAACAAUAAACAAUAAGGUUUAAAUAAAAGACGUCCUUUAAAUAAAAAAGUAAUAAUAUAAACACAUUACAAUAAUAUAAAAUCAAUUCAUAUCAUCAAUUAAAAUGAGUCGAAUGUUGCUUCUGAUGACAAUAUGUUUUCUCUUUGACGUAAACAUAAUACAGAAAACAUAUGCUUCUUUUUCUGCAUCUUCGUCUUCAUUAUCCUCAUCAUCUUCGUCGACAUUAUAUAAAUAUCAAACAAACUCAAUAUCUAGUGAGAACGACGAUGAUUAUCUUUCACAGAAAGAAAAUGUUUUGGAAAAAUCGUAUCACGGUCUAAUACGUGAAAAUGAAACAUCAGUGGAAAUCACGCCACUGAUUAAAGUGGAUGAGGAGAAAAUCUGCAAUUUCCAUAUUAUUAAGAAGCCAUAUCAUGAAAUACCAUUCCAAAUUGAAUUAAUAAACAAUUUGGGCAUUUUAAAAGCACGUCGCACUUUAAAUUGCGAGAAGCGCAAAAGCUAUCAUUUUGAAAUUGUUGCGGUAUUCUGCGAUGGCACUCAUUCUGCUGCUGCGAAUGUCCACAUCGCCGUUAUCGAUGUUAAUGAAUAUGCUCCUACAUUUUUGCAGCCGUCCUACGUGUGCGAAGCCGACGAAGGUCGCCUAUAUAAGGAGAUCAUUCGAGUUGAGGCCAUUGACAAAGAUUGUACACCCCUGUAUGGUGAUGUGUGCAAAUAUGAAUUACUUAACAAAGACCAACCAUUUACUAUAGACAACGAAGGUUCAAUCAAGAAUACCGAACCGUUGUCGCAUAAAGUGUCUCACAACUAUAUACUAUCGGUGGUUGCUUAUGAUUGCGCCAUGAAACAAUCAUCGCCCAUUAUGGUAAGCAUAAAAGUGCGACGUGUUUGCGAAGCGAAAUUUUUGGGUAUUCCCGCGAGAAUCGAUUACACGACUUCAUCCACGGAAAGUUUAUCACUGUUUCCAAAUGCCCGUUUGGAAUUGUGUGACAUGUAUUGCGACAGUCAAAAUCUAAAUAUACAUACAUCAAUUUCCCUUAAAACAAAACACAUCUCAUUUGGUUGCGACCGGGACAUAACAAACUGUUCUCAACAUUUGACAUUAGUAGACUUAUUACCAAGAAAUGCAGAAUGGACUCGAGAUUUAUCAUACGAUGAGGGAUCUGAGCCUAUUUUUCAUUUCGAUGGAUCAUCGGGUGUAAUCAUACCAGAUAAACAGAUUGCGCGUCAUGAUUUUUCGCAACGUCCUUUCAGUAUUAUAACCAUAUUUAGGCACUUUAGCGGAUCAAGCGGAGAUAAUAAGCAUGUAAAAGAACAUAUUGUUUGCAGUGCUGAUGACCAUAAAAUGAAUCGUCAUCAUAUGGCUCUAUUUGUUAGAAAUUGCCGUUUAAUACUGCUAUUAAGAAAGAAUUUUAAUGAAGGAGAUUUGAAUAUAUUUAGCCCAGCCGAAUGGCGUUGGAAAAUACCUCAAGUUUGCGAUAAUGAAUGGCAUCAUUACGUAUUAAAUGUUGAUCAAAAUUCAAAGGUAGAGCUGUAUGUUGAUGGUGUACUUUUUGAAAAUUCCCUAGAAGAUCGUCAUAAUAAUCCCGAAGUUAUAGAUGAUUGGCCUUUACAUGCGGCCCAUGGCGUAAAUACAACUCUGGCCGUUGGUGCUUGCUAUCAGAGCAGUGAAAAUCGACUAAAACAUGGAUUUAACGGUGACAUAUCGGAAAUAAAAAUUUCAUUGAACGCCGUGCUAACAAAUGAUGACGUUAAAUGCGGUACGAAUUGUGCGGAACAUCUGUUACCACCUCCUGAAACCCUUUUGGAACCAGAGUCACAAGUCCAAACAAAUUCACAAUUGAAUGAAAUUUACAUUGAAGGACAGAGCAAGAGCAAUGUAGAGCUCUUGCUGCAAAAAAUUCAAUACAUAAACACAAAAGAAAAUCCCACAAUCGGACGUCGCAAUAUUGAGGUGCGAACCACAAUGAUGUGCAUUAAUCAAAGUGCUAUUCGCUUGCCUACAGUUGAAACCUUUAUCAUGGUGAAUGAACCAACCAGUCCUUUGGUGUUGGCAGCAAAUUCUACUGCAUUAUACGCUGCACAUAUGCAAAGACUUGAAGCUUCUUACCCACUCAGUAUGCAAAGCCUUUCAUCUCGCAGAAACACCCCAGAAACGCCUACUACAACAUUUAUGACCCAAGCAAAUCAAAAGCCUCAAGACUCAUUGGCUUACAAAGUCCACACCGAGUCCAGUGUGAAAUUUGAUAAAGGCGAAAAUUCCAAAAUAUUAAUAACUGGUAAUUCCAAUAAUUUGGUGUCUUAUCCGGAAAUCAAGAGUGGCGUUCACAUAUUGGGCAACAUCAAUAUUAGUAUUGUUUCCUCAUCGGGUGAACCGGUCUUACCACAAUUACAAAUAUUAGACACAUGUAGCGUUAUUGUGUUUCCAUCAUUAAAUCCAGAUCACGAAGAAAUCCAGGUGGACGGCGACGAAAAUCUUUCUACAACACUAGACAUCAAAACUAACAUCAACAAGGACGGCGUCGAAAUGAUAGGACCUGAUAGCAUUUCUAAUUACUUGGACGUCUUGAAUGCGUUGGUGUACAGUAACAAAAAACCAGCAUACUAUCUAAAUCGUGUAUUCAAAGUCACUUGCUCUCAAAUGAAUUCUCAAUUCAAAAGUGCAGAGUUCACACUCACAUUGACAGUAUUGCAUCCCAAACAGGUUCCAGUGAAUAAUGGUCUUAAAACAACGACAGCACCAAGUUCUCUCACGGCCAAUGGUGGUGUAAUGCAAACAAAUGUUGCAGAUGGUAUACAAUACACAGAAAAUAAGGUGUAUGCUCAUGCAAUGACUCAUCAGCAUGAUGCUCAAGAACCAAAAUCUCGCAUACAUUCCAUAACCCAUAAAGCUGAAAGUGCUCAUCCUACAAUGCUGAUAAUUUUAAUAUGCGUAUUUUUAGUCAUACUGUUAGGGGGUGUUUCAAUUGCCCGCCUUAAAAAUAAUAGCAAUCAAAAAUUUACUGAUAGACAUCAGCCAUGUCCUAAGAUUGCUGACGAGGCUUUAGUAUGGGAUGAUUCCGCAUUAACUAUAACUAUAAAUCCCAUGCAAAGUGAUGCUGUUUCUGAUGGCAGUUCAGAUUCCGAAAAUUCAGAUUCUGAAGAUGAAGAUUUAGCUAAAGGCCGUUUUGCCAAUGUCAGCCAACUAGAGUGGGAUAAUUCUAACAUGUUUACCACGGCCGUAAAUUAAAAUAAACAUACACUCAUAUACACAACCAGCUUAAAAUAAAGAGUAGAG